AUGAUCAAAUCCACGCAGAUCGCCCGGCUCGAUGGCCUCAUGCUCUGCGCCUCGGUUGACGACUCCGCGACAGAGUCCAGUCUCUCUGAAAUAAAAUCCCAAGUCAAGAUGAUCAUCCGCAAAUUACGACACAACGCCGAACCACAAGCCUCCAUCGAGAGCGGGCAACACACAAUCCACUACCUCAUCUCCGCCAACAUAAUCUACAUCUGCAUAUCCGAAAAAUCAUACCCGCGGAAGCUCGCAUUCACAUAUCUCUCCGACAUCUCGACGGAAUUCAGUAAUACAUAUCCCAGCCAGCAGGUUAUGAGCACGAUACUCAGACCGUAUGCGUUUAUGGAGUUUGAUACGUUUAUCUCGCGGACGAAGGCUACGUAUGAGGAUAGUCGCGCGACGCAGAAUUUGGAUAAGCUGAAUGAUGAGCUGAGGGAUGUUACCAAGGUUAUGACGAAGAAUAUUGAGGAUUUGCUGUAUAGAGGGGAUAGUCUGGAGAGGAUGGGCGAUAUGAGUAGUCGGCUGAGAGAGGAUAGUAAGAAGUAUAGAAAGGCGGCUGUGAGGAUUAAUUGGGAGUUGUUGUUGAAACAGUAUGGACCGCUGGGGGGGUUAGGGCUGUUUAUUUUGGUUUUUAUCUGGUGGAGGUUCUUCUGA